AUGGCGACUUCUUGUUCUGGUCCGAAGUGGGCUCAGAAAAUCAUCACGCUUCCACCGCUAAAACGUGGAUGUCAUCUCAUCACUCCUAAGAUUAUGAAGGAAAUAUGGAAAAACUUAUCAGAUUUCAAUUGUGGCCUUGCUCAUGUCUUCUUUUUUCGGAUUCUUGAUCUAAAAACUUGUUUAAUUUUUGCAAUACAACACACAAGUGCUUCGCUCACAAUCAAUGAGAAUUACGAUCCAUAUGUUCAAGAUGAUACUGAGACUUUCUUGAACAGGAUUGUUCCUGAGGGGAAUUCAGCUCCUUGGAGGCAUACAAUGGAAGGUCCAGAUGACAUGCCAGCUCAUAUCAAAUCAUCAAUGUUUGGACGCCAACUCACGUGA